CUCGGCUGCAGCAGCGUGUGCUUCCAGAAGGUGGUCCGUGCACGACCAUUAUCCAAAAAUCCAAUCGUCGACAUCACCAGUGUCAACCUCCACCAUUCUCACGUACCAUUUCUUCUCUGCGCCAACACCGCUCACACAUGCCCAUUUACUCAGCGGAAACCACUCAAUUCAAUACAAAAUCUACAGCACUACCGCGCUACAUAUAUUCAAACAUGGCUCCGGCGCCAGCGUACCACGAGUCACUCCCUUACAUCGACCAAGAGCCUACUGCUGCCGAACUAGCUGCCGCAUCAGCUCUCAUCGCUGCCGAGCAGUCGACCUUCGAGGCACCCGCUGCCCCUGCCGCUCCAGAGCCGUCCUUCUCCCCCGCGAUAGCAGCCGAGCUGGCCCGCGUCGAAGCAAAGCAAGCCCUCCCCGCCCUCCCAACAUCACACUACGAAUCCCAGACACCAUCUCCCGAAAACCCGCUACCCGCGCUCCAAAAUACCGCCGUCUCGUCGACAUAUCUGACCAUCCGCAAUGCCAACCUGGCAGCCCUCAAUGCCGCGGGCAAGAAUGCGUGGCUGCUAUCCAACUACCACACAGAGGGUCAGCUGCGGGAUCUAGAGGCCGAGCUGGCCGCUACGAAGCGAGAAAUCGACAUUAUCAAUGCAAGCAGAGCUGCUAAGCAGAACGAGGUCAAGGGCGAGAUGCAGGGCUUGGAGGAGAACUGGAAGAGGGGUGUUGGCAAGGUUCUGGAAACAGAGAUUGCUGUCGAGGAGCUACGAGCGCAGAUCAGAGACGAGUUGAAGAAGAGAAGCGCCGAGUAGCUGCUUUUCUGUUUACACAACAAGGAAAGAAAAAGUAUAUAGCCUUGAACGGCGUGGGUUGGUUAUCAGCUGGAGUUUUUGGCGUUAGGUUUCUUUUUGGUAUAGUUAGUUAUAGAACAAUGCACAAUGUAGUGCUUCUUGUUCAUCACUACUUCAAUCUCGGACCGUUUUGUUUUAUGAAUAAGGUAUCUGCAUUGUAGUCAUAUUUUCAGGACUCUUGACAAACAAAAACUGUUUGCGCGCAACUGUGUGUGUGGGGGAUUUGUGUAGUCUAGCCCGGACUGGCCGGCAAAAGUAUACUAGAAUCAAAACAGCAAAAAAUAACGCCUGCCUCCCAAACGAACCCACUGCUUCCCUUGUUCAAUCGCUUCGCGUAUGUGUUGCUCGCUACGCUAAGCGUCUCCUCUUGCUUCAAUUAGAAUGAAGCGGAUCCAUCUCCUCCACGCCAGACUUGACAGCCUCGUACUUUGUGCGUCGCAUGAUGCCUUCGACAGGGCCCAGGAGGCGUUGGAAGGCAUUCUUGCCUAGCGUUGCUACCUUGACGUCUGUGCCGGCCACAACGCUAGCAGCGCGCGGCUCAUCGUUGAGCAGUGCCAGCUCGCCAAAGUAAUCGCCCUUAGUGUAGUGCUUGACCUUGUUGCCAGGCUCGCCAAUGUAAGCGUCAGCCUCGCCACUCUCAAGGAGGUAGAAAGAGUAGCCAGGGUCUCCCUCCUUGAUGAUAAGCUCGCCGGCGGGGAACUUUUGUGUCUCGAGUGCAUCGGCAAUCUUGGAUCUUUCGUAUGCGGUGAUGGUGGACAAGAUUGGCACCUCCUCCAGGAAGCUCUCAUACAGGCGUCUGCGCGCAAAGGUCGAUUCCAUCAGAAUGCGGCGGAAGGUGAGACGGUCGAGUGCCCAUAAUGUGCAUCCGCCUUCAGCGGAAACAACGGUAGCAGCACGAGGGGCAUUGUACAUGAGAGCAAGCUCACCAAAGGAACCGCCGGCCUCAAUUGUGCUAACCUUUGUACCCAUGCCGUCCGGGCCAGGCUGGAUUUGACCAGUGGGGUUGACAUAAACUUCAAAGGUACCCUUUUCGACCACGUAAAAGUAGUCUCCAGCGUCGCCUUGGCUGAUAACCUACAAAACGGUGUGUCAGUGGUAGUGCAUUGGGAGUAUUGAGCUGUCUAGUUCUUACCUUGAUACCCUUGGCAGGAAUGGGCUUCUCGACUAGAGCGCCGACGACUUGAGCGCUCUGAUCAUCAUCCAGAUGACUGAACAGGAAGUUGCCUUCAAUGGCGUGCUUAAGGCGGUUAAGCUGCUCGACCGACUUUUCGUGUACAGGAGGGGACCAAUUAUCGUAUGUGUCGGCACUAGGCUUUAGAGAUUCGGCCGAAACCGAAGUUCGGCGGUUGAAGUUGUACUGGGCUGGAUAACUGUCGGGGUUUGGAGGUGCGCGAACGGUGGGAGGUCCGUCAACAGAAGCGUCGCCGCCAAAGACAGCGCCGAAUCCCGGAGUAGUGGUAAAUGCACCAGCAGGGAAGCUUCCUGUUCUGGGAGAGCCAAUUGUAUCAUGCUCUUCCUCUUCAACGAGGCUGCCCAUGGUGUUUUGAGCAUCGGGUUGCGAUCGAUCAGUGCCAAAAGGGUUGGCAUUUGCCCCGAACGGGCUCGAGAAGGAACCGGACAUUUUAUCGAUGUGUUUCUGUUUAUUCUGGUAAGCAGCUGAUUGGAAAGUAUGCAGCAGUCGCAAGGCAAUAUUCAAGCCAAGAUGGCGACAUAGCCAACGAUUCCG